UAUCGGGACGAAAUGACCGAAAGAGAACAGCUACGUUGCGAAUUGCGGCAUUAUCUUUCCGCCUACGAAUAUUUGUUGGUCAAUAUUGGUAUUUUGGUAACGCUGUACGUGACGUACAUCUUCUGUAAAUUAAUAUUUCUGCAUUUUCUUCCACGAUCCGUCCCUAGCAUUCGAAGGAAAUACGGAGAGUGGGCCUUAAUCACCGGCGGAAAUUCUGGUAUAGGACGCAGUUACGCCUUUCUCUUGGCAGAAAAAGGCACCGACGUCAUCAUUACGGGCAGAGACGGGGAAUCUCUUCGUAAGACGGCGGAAGAAAUCGAAAGUAAGUACGGAGUCCGUUGUCGCUACGUUUCUGCUAAUUUUACAGAAGAAGGCGAAUUUCGUAAAGUGGCUUUCGAACUGAAAGAUAAAGACGUGGGAAUUUUAGUACAUAAUGCCGGAACUCUAGGCAAUUUACCCCGUUUAUUUUUAGAAGAAACGGAAGAAAACGUGCUUACAAUGAUCAAUAUAUACUUAACGAUGGCCGUGCGUGCGACGUAUCUGGUAUUGCCUUCCAUGCUGUCUAAGAGGAAAGGAGCGAUAAUUUUCUUGACGUCGUUUUCUUCCUUAGUUCCCACGCCGGGAAUGAAUACUUAUUCGGCCUGUAAAGGAUUUUGGGAUCAAUUGGCCAGAAGCAUUUCCGUAGAAUAUUCGUCGCUGGGGUUGCAUAUUCAAUCGCUUUCUCCGUUUUACGUAAAGUCCGUAUCGAAGAGCAUUCGUGUGGGAAACAUCGAUGGCGUGAUUCUAACUGCGGACGACUUUGCUAGAAAAGCCAUUGGAACUUUAGGAAUAUCCGACUAUACCUCGGGUUAUUUCUUACACGACAUUUUCAAGUGUGUGCUUCUGCUUUGCGGCGAUUCCGUAUGGAAAUGGUUUAUGCUAAAUCAAGUGACCAAGAAACGAAAGAGAGAUUUGCGGAACUCAAACGAGUGGAAAGAACUUAAAGUCGAGUAGCAUUCUCACGUAAACACGUUUAGCUAAAAGUAUUCGAUGAAAUAUUCUGGUAAUUUGUCGAAAUAGUUCACGCUUACGAAGUUAUUGUUCCAUACAUUUUUAAAAGUGCAUAAAUAUCGUAGCGAUUUAUUUCGGAUUUUUUUCUUUUCGAAUCCACUGCGCAUUUUAGAACUUUGUUUACUUAAAAGUGAAAUAUAUUUUUAUCCUAAUAACGCAUAA